AUGGCCGGCAUCUUUCGCACCAUCUAUGACUGGCUCUUGAGGAUGUUCUGGGCCACCGAGAUGGAUGUUACCAUGAUCGGCCUCCAAAACGCAGGCAAAUCCUCCCUGCUCCGUGUAUUGGCUGGCGGGGAAUUCACUAUCGACUCGAUUCCGACGAUCGGCUUCAAUACUAAACGAGUUCAGAAGGGCCAUGUGACCUUGAAAUGUUGGGAUCUUGGGGGUCAGCCUAGGUUUCGUCCGAUGUGGGAGCGAUACUGCCGAGGUGUUAACGCGAUCGUAUAUAUCGUGGAUGCUGCGGAUAAAGCCGCCUUGCCAGUAGCCACGGAGGAGUUGCAUGAUCUGAUGACGAAGCCCACGUUGGACGGGAUUCCCCUUCUCGUUCUCGGUAACAAGUCCGACCUGCCGGUUAAAUUAUCGGUAGAUGAGUUGAUCGAUGCGAUGGAUCUCAAGUCCAUCACUCGUCGGGAGGUGAGCUGCUACGGGAUCAGCGCAAAAGAAGAAACCAACCUUGACGCGGUGCUGCACUGGCUGAUUGCACGAGCCAGUCGAUAA